UAAUGUGUUACUUCCCAGAAGCACCUGGUUUCUUGGCUUGAUACAUUUCUCCCUCUCUCUGUGGAACAUGAAUUCGAGGUCAACAUUCAACAUGUCUUAGUCUCUGACUAUAACACCAGCCUACAUAGUCAAUUAGUCAUAUAAAAACCUUCCAGCCAUAGAUUGUUUUUGCUUUCUUGGCAAGAUAAUCACCCACUUAGCUACUAGUAGUUUUGUGUAUAUUGCCCAAGUUAGAACUUAGAAGCAGCCUAAACUCUUAAUGAGUUUCACCACCCCUAGUUCUGAUGAACUCCUGCAAAAUAGGUUUCCACUAAUGGAAUCAAAGGAUUCCUUGAUGCUACCGAAGAAGAUGAAAUAACAAAGUUAACAGGCAAAACCAUGUUGAGCUCUGAAAGUUCUUGCGCACACUAUGGUGAUUUGGAUCCCAAAGACAACAAAACAAAGCCAAACAAAAGAAGAUCGAGGGCAUCGAAAAAGACUCCUAUGAUUCUCCUGAAUGCCAACACUACGAAUUUUCGAGCCUUGGUGCAACAGUUUACGGGCUGCCAGAGUGCUCCUUCUUCUUCAUUCAAAGGUCCAAUCAACUUGAACUUUGGAGGAGGAGGGAGUGAAGAAAAUGAUAUGGACGUAGCUGAUCAUCAAUCUAGUAUCUUUGGAUACAACAAUUUUGUUCAAAACAUUCAGGCUGAUGAUCAAGUGCGUGAUCAGCAGCAGCAGCAAUUAGAAGAUCACGAACGUCUGUUAUCUAGUGGGAGCUUUGAUGGAGAUGCUUCCCUUUCAACAUAUGGUAAACCUGAAGCUUAUGCAACCGCCUUGGAAAAUAUAGGUGCAGAGAAUGAAUCUGACAAGGCAUAUAAGAGAGAAAAGGCUUACUGCAGAAUAAACUUCACUCCAAUGAGUGCUGCUUUCUCUGUAUCAGCAACAAUCAGAAAAAUGGCUAAGAGCAUUUUCUUACCUCCUUCUUGGGCUCCGUCGACAAAAUUGCCCAUCUUUCAAUUGUCAUGUCGAGCAAAUUUGAAGCAGCUUAACUCAUCAAGAAAUAUUCAUGCUUGUCUGCUCAAGUAUCCUCUUGCAAGCAAGAUCAUGAUUAGAAAAUCUAGGAUUUGUAUAUCUGAUGAGGCUAAUAAGAGUUGA